AUGAGUACUCUAUUGCUACCUUCUCUUCCCUUCCUCGUUCUCUUCGCUCUCCUAUUGUACCCUGUCGUCCUUCUCAGCCGGAUAAUCUACAAUAUCUCUCCUUUACAUCCGCUGUCCAACUACCCCGGCCCGCUCCUCUGGCGGGCCUCCCGUCUCCCAUGGACCAUCGCCCUUCAACGUGGUACGCUGCAUCUCGAUCUCCUGCGCUUCCAUGCCCGCCAUGGUCGUACUGUACGCAUCGCCCCAAACGAGCUCAGCUACACGUCUCCAGCCGCAUGGCGAGAUAUCUACCUACCCAACCCAAGCCCCGGCAACCCCGCCUUCCAGCGUACAGACCAGUUCUUCAAGAAGAUCCGCAGUACCGAUCCCUUCAGCAUCAUGGGCCACGACGAGUCCGCGCACGCCCGCUUCCGCCGCGCCUUUAUGCCGGCCUUCACUGAUCGCGCGCUGGCCGCACAGCUCCCUCUGCUGGAAGCCAAUGUCUCCAACUUGAUCGCACAACUGCAUAACCGCAUCGACGUCGCCGACACACCAGUCGACCUCGUCGCCUGGCUAAACUACCUCACCUUCGACGUCUCGGGCCUCAUGUCGUUCGGCGAAACGUUCGAAUGCGUUGACACCGGCGCCGCGCACCCCUGGGUUGCCAUCAAUCUGAACUUCGGCCGCGGUGCGGCCAUGAUGGCCGGCCUCAACAUGCUAGGUCUGUCCGACAACCCGCUAGUUGCCAAGCUGCUCCCGUUGCUUUUGCCCAAGGCAGUGCGAGAAAAGAUGGCAUACCACCGAGAACUUGCGGCAGAGAAAGUGCGUGAUCGAGUCGCAGCGGGCAAGCACGCUCCACGGGCAGAUUUCAUGGAUGCGCUCCUGCGCAACAACGAGGCCAUUGUUGCGGAGGGUGGGAAGCGUGCGGCACAGGCGCUCAGCCUGGCGGAGAUAGAGAUCAACAUGAUGAUAAUGGUGUUUGCCGGCAGCGAGACGGUGGCCAGCUCCCUGGUGGGCAUCCUGACGGCACUGCUGCAGAAUCCCCCGGCACUGGAGAGGUUGCAGAAGGAGCUGCGGAGCGCAUUCCACCGAGAGGACGAGAUCACGGCAAGAAGCGUGCAGAAGCUAGAGUUUCUAACGGCCGUGAUCUCCGAGGGCUUGCGAGUCCAUCCGCCCGUGCCCUACAGUGUGCCGCGCGUGGUACCGAAGGGUGGGGCGGAGGUGUGUGGGAAGAUGGUGCCAGAAGGCACCUUAGUCGCCAUCCACCACCUCCCCGCCUAUCACGACGCCGCCAACUUCGACGCCCCACACAAGUUCAUACCGGAGCGAUGGCUCCGGCCCUCCUCCCCUGGCAGCAAGGCUUCCACUGGCGACACUACAACCGCAGCAGCAGAAGCUGGAGCAGCAACUGCUGCAACAACAGCAGCAGAAGGAGGAGCAGCCAUCUUCGAGCCCUUCCUCGUAGGGCGCCACCACUGCAUCGGCUCCAAGUUCGCGUGGGUCGAGAUGCGUCUCGUGCUGGCGCGGCUGCUCUACGCCUUUGACAUGACGCCCACGUGUCCCAUGGGCGACUUUGACUUUGUCGAGCAAGAUACGCACAUCUUCUGGGAAAAGAACCCGCUGCUUGUGUCGUUGCGAGCUAGGAGCUAG